AUGGCGUUAGUAGAGGGUUUUGAUAAUGAAGUUAUUCAGUUUUUUGGUAUACUAUUCGUUGUUGUGCUAAUCGUAUUGUUAUGGAUUUCUACGCAAGUGCACGAAAUGCAAAUAGUUCGUGGUGCUGUUUUUAUUUUGGAAAGGCGUACAAGAAGACAACACCAUGAUGCUACAAGGGCUGCACCUUUAGUUCCUAAUCAAUCUAUUAGUGAACAAUCAGCAACGGAAACUGUUCCAUUAAAUGAUGUGAUUCAAACAAAUUCAACUUUAAGCAAUGAUAAUCUUGAAAUUCAAGGCAGGUUACAAGAAACUAUUGGAGUUUUCAAAAGGAGACAUUUUACUAAUGAGUUAACAUCCAAUAAAAUUAUUCGUUUGAUAUUUCAAGGAAAGGUAUUACAUGAUGAUGAAGCUUCACUGAGUAGUUGUGGUCUUCAUGAUAACUGUGUUGUACACUGCCCUAUACAUCAGCCACGUCCUACAGCUAAUGCUCAGCAAUCCCCUGAUCCUGUAAACCAAGAUACUGCUGAGCAACCACUGCCAAACACUAUACGUCAUGGUCAUGGUCAACCUGGUGGUCCAGUACAACAUGAAUUGAUCUUGGCAGUAUUGUUAUCUGCUUUAAUCAUAAUAAUAUCAUUACUUUGGUAUGCCAAAAUUGAGUUUUACACAUUGUUCUCCUCUGUAUCUGCGGAUACACUGGCAAUAUUAACUGCAAUUAUUUUAUUCACCACCGUUUUCACUUAUUUGGCGGUCAGCGAAGAGCAACAACAUCAUCUACCACAAUUAAGACACAAUUAG